AUGCAAGCCAGUUUUCCUUACAACCAUCACCAACACCUUGCAUCCGAAAUGGCCAAGUCUUUGAGAUCCAAAUCCAAGUUGAGAGCGAAGUCUGUCAAGAGAAAGGGCGAAUUCCAAGCCGCUGUCGAUGACAGACAGAAGAGAAUUGUUGCCAGAUGUGAAGCCGACUUGAAGAAGCAAAACGAAGAAACUGAAAAGAAAAAGGACGAAGACAAGGACGAAGACAAUGUUAAAGAUGUCAUGGCUGUUGACGAGACCCCAAAGAGCGACAAGCCUGUCUCCACCUCCGGUUGGAGAAAGACCAGACACACUGCGUACAAGCAGAGAAACAACACCAAGAGUAAGAAACACAUGAAGUUUGGUAAGGUUAACUACUAAACAGCUCGGAUUUCGUUGUUUCCUCUUUCUCUCGAUUGGGUAUACCCCAACUGCUUGACGUUAAUGGCGCACCGGUUGAAGUUAAGUGCCAAAGCGAUGCCUUUGCCCCCGCCUGUUAUCGUCUUUCUGUACAUUAUGAUAUCAGCUCAUGCAUUUAUGUCUGCUGUGACAUCGCAUUGCGUUUUCCACUGCUCUCAUAUAUCUCUAUACUUUCCUGUUGGCCUCUAGUUUUUCUUUGUUAUUUCAUCUCCAUGGGUAUUUUUUUUUUAUUCUAUUCUUCUUUGGUCAAGGCAGUUUUUUCUUCUCCCUUACAUUCUCGUUAUCUGUGACAUUUAAAAAAUAUUUGC